ACGUCACAAACCGCACGCUUAGCCGUAAAUAGCUCCAUUCACUCGGCCGGAGGUAAACUUUCGGUGACUAGAUGCGCUGUGAAAGGAACUCAGUCCAUGGCCAGGUGGUGAGCAUUCCGAAACAGCUUCCCGCACCAACCAGAAAUAACCUUCAAAAGAAAAGGGAAGGAUGGAUCUGGACGACAUUUGGGUGUUUUUAGGGGACUUCGGUCGCUACCAGACCUUAGCGUACAUCCUGAUCACGCUAAUCGGGACGUGGUUGCCGGCAUGGCAGAUUUUCGGGAUUAUUUUCACGGCGGACCGGCCGCCGUUCCACUGCCGGGCCAGCGAGGGGUUCUCGGUGGAGGACAGCGUGCCGUUGAGCCCCGACGACAACGGAACCUUCUCGCAGUGCGAAAUGUACGCCGUGUCGGAAGAUGGGAACGGAACCGCCAUAGUCAACAUGAGUCGAGUAGUGGCUUGUACAAACGGAUACGACCAUCAACCUAUUUAUGGCGAAAACACCAUCGUCAUGGAGCUCGACUUGGUCUGCGACCAGGAGAUCCUGGCCAGCACCGCCCAGUCGAUCCUGUUCUGCGGCGUGCUGGCCGGUGCGUUCAUCUUCGGUCAACUCUCGGAUCUGAUCGGCCGUAAGACCGUGCUGCUCGUGAGCGUCCUGCUGCAGGCCGCGGCCGGCAUCUCCAUCGCCUUCGUCUACGAAUACCAUUGGUUCGUCAUGCUGUGGUUCUUCAUCGGAAUGUUUGAGCAGGGCAUGAAUCUGACGGAGUACGUGCUCGUCAUGGAGAUGUUCUCUCCCAAGAUGCGGUCCAUUGCCGGCUGCAUCAACAACAUUUCCUGGGGGGUGGGCGUGACCCUCCUGGCGCCCAUCGCCUACUUUCUCCGAGAUUGGAGGAAGAUGCAGCUGGCCAUCUCCAUACCCUGCCUCGUGGCCAUCCCUCUCUGGUUUGUAUUGUACGAGUCCGUCAGGUGGCUGCUCUCUAGAGGGCGCCACACCCAAGCAUUCAAAAUCCUACGCCGCAUCGCCCGGUUCAACGGAAUCAGCCCGCCUCCCGACGGCUUCGUCAUCACCCACGAGGGCCGGAACAUUCGCGAAUCGGCGGAGCCGGAUGGCGCCAACAACGACCUCGCUCACAGCAACGGUAACCUGGCAACGGUUUCCGGGAGCAAGAUACCGGAUCAUGGCCAGGAUCCGGAAGGAGCGCCGAGUAAGGAAGACGGAAAGAAGGCCAAGACGCACACCUUCAUCGACAUCUUGAGAAGCUGGAGGGUUUUUAGAAAUCUCCUGAUCAUGUGUUACUCGUGGUUUGUCAACAGCAUGGUGUACUACGGUGUCUCAUUGUACAGCUCCAACUUAGCCGGCGAUAAAUACUUCAAUUUCUUCUUAAUUGCCAUGGUGGAGAUACCAGCUUACAUCGUCGUCACCUUCACCUUAAUCUGGUGGGGGCGCCGUCCAACUUUGUUUCUGUUCCACCUCCUUGCCGGGGUCGCCUGCGUGGUGACCGCGUGCCUGCCCAGAGACCCGGAACGAGCGGCUGAAUACGAGAUUCCCAGAAUAGUCUCAGCGGUGGUCGGCAAAUUCUGCAUCACCUGCAGCUUCGGGGCAGCCUUCCUGUACGGCACCGAAAUAUUCCCCACGCCGGUCAGGAACAUUGGUUUUGGUAUCUCGUCAUUCUUUGGACGCGUUGGCAGCAUUCUUGCGCCCUUCGUGGUGUAUCUUGACAAAGUGUCGAACUUCAUCCCGCUUAACAUCUUCGGCGGCCUGAGCCUCCUCGCCGCGGGGCUGGUGCUCCUCUUGCCCGAAACCCGCAACAAGCCGCUCCCGGAGACAAUGAAGGAAGCGGAGAUGUUGGGCCGGACCGCGCCGGUCAGCCGGUCCGGGGGAAGCCGAGGCCGGGCAUCGGAGCCUUCUAACAACGGGAUCUUGAAUGUUGCCCUGCAGGACGAAGAUGACUGGCUGUGAUUAGGACAUGGAGGUACAAGGGUUUGGGUUGGGAGAUGAUUAUUAUCACCUAUGUGUACAGAUUAAAGACGUAUAUUCUUGAGGUUCCCUCCAAACACACGGUCGAGGCCGCUCAAAGGUGUGAGCCACAAACUUGAAAGAUCAGAGAGAAGAAGUUCUUGUGACAGAAUGUCUCUGUUCAUUGAAGUUUGAAAGGUACAACGUGUCUCCCCCGAAAAAAUGUAGCAGUCAAUUUUU